GCAAACUUUCUCAGUCUUGAAGAAAUUGUUCAAUCUACAUCAUGGGAAGGCCUUUGUUUUUGUAUAUAUUUUUAUUCUACUGGCAUUUCCUAAAUGCUUUAUUCACUGUUGAAGCUCCCCAGUCACUCUGCACUGUGGAACAUGGGAACAAUGUGACCAUGGAAUGCACAUUUCCAGUGAAUGGAAAAUUAGAUUUUAGAGAUUUAAGUGUCAGCUGGGAAAAGAAAGAUGAGUUGAAGCAGGUUUAUGUACUUCACAAAGGAGAGGAAGACUUCAAAAACCAGCACAGUGACUUUAAGGGAAGAAUAAAAUUGUUGAAAGAGAAUCUGAACUUGGGACAGUCUCUCCUUCAGAUCACUGAUGUGAAGCUCAGAGAUGCAGGCAUUUACCGCUGUGUUAUUGUCUAUGGGGGAGCUGACUACAAGACAAUCCAUCUGAAAGUUGUGGCUCCUUACAGAAUUAUACACCAAGGAGUGGUGAGCACAGGAUACAAUGAAUGGAGGUUGACAUGUCAGUCAGAGGGAUACCCAGAAGCUGAAGUGAUAUGGCAAAACAGAAACUAUGAGGAUUUGACUGAUAAGGCAAACACAAGAUUUGAAACUGGAAGUGACCAGUUGUACCGUGUGACAAGCACCCUUACAAUCAAAAGUGGAAUUGAUGAGAUUUUUUACUGCAUAUUCUGGAAUAAAGAGCUGCAAGAAAAUACAUCUGCCAUUUUACACAUAGCAGAUUCAACUGAUGGCAUUCUCCAGACUGAGAGCAGACGCUUUGUUGGAGCAGCUCUCAUUGCUACUGUUUUUGUUGGAUCAGGACUUCUAUUUCUGCUCUGCAUAAUAAAAGCUAGAGCAAAUAUAGGCAACAGAACACCUGUGGCGAGUUCAUCAACAGCAAAGCUGUCAAAAGAUAAGGAUACACAUGACUGCAGAGAUGCUUCUUUUGAAGACAGCCAGCUGAAAUAUAUGCAAAUUGAGAAGACCUAGAGAGAGCAGGGGAAGAUCCUCUGUUGUGAAGAUUUGAUAGGUCAAAUGUUCUGUGUUUUAUCUGUGAAAGGGGAUAUUAAUUUUUUGUAUUUAUUGUGUGUUGGUAAUCAUCUAUAUUGUUGUAACACAGGAAAAAAUGUAAUAAAGUUAAAAUAAUUACUAUAG